AUGUUUGGCCUGAAAGGAAAGAAGAAGAAGAAGGAAGUCAAUACGGACCUGGUCCUAGCAAACAAGGGAGCUGUGGACAGUGGGGCGGAGGUGCCUUCUGAAGCGUCUCCCAUGGUGGAAGUAAUAAACACUGAGGACCAACCAGGAAGCUCUGCAGUCAGAACCAGAAUAAUACCAAACAAUAAGAGGGCCAAACUGAGAACUUGCAUCCAGAAGAGUGAAGAGAAGCCUCAGCACUUCCAGAUUACCAUUAACAUCACAGAGGCCAGGCAGCUGGUGGGAGAAAACAUCGACCCCAGUGUGGUGAUCGAGAUCGGUGAUGAGAAGAAACAGACUUCAGUCAAAGAAGGAACCAAUGCUCCCUUUUACAAUGAGUAUUUCGUGUUUGACUUCUUUGCCCACAAAGAGGUCUUCUUCGAUAAAGUCAUCAGGCUGACGGUGAUACACUCUAAAAUGCUGAGGAAUUUCUGUGUUGGAGCCUUCAAGCUGGAUGUGUGGACAGUAUACAGACAGCCAGGUCACCAAUUCCUCAAUAAGUGGGCAAUGCUGACCAAUCCUGGUGACAUUAGCACUGGGGUCAAAGGUUAUGUCAAAUGUGACAUCAGCGUCUCAGCGAAAGGAGACACCAUAAAGCCAGGACCAAAAGCGAGUGAUGCUGAAGAGAGGAUAGACAAGAACCUGCUGAUACCAGAAGGUUUUCCCUCGGAACGACCCUGGGCUCGUUUCUAUGUGAAGGUGUAUCGAGCUGAAGGCCUUCCACGGAACAACUCCAGCAUCAUGGCCAACGUCACCAAGGCCUUCAUAGGAGACAACACAGCACUCAUCGACCCAUAUGUAGUGGUGGGCUUCUUCAAACAAGUGGGUCGAACAUCUACACAGAAGUCCACAGCAGACCCGGUGUGGAAUGAGCAGAUCGUCUUCACAGAGAUGUUUCCCCCUCUGUGUCAGAGACUGAAGAUUCAGGUCUGGGAUGAGGGAAGCAUGAGCGACGUUGCCAUAGGAACCCAUUACUUUGACUUGAGGCGCAUCUCCAAUGAACAGGAUGGCGACAGAGGGUUUUUACCAACUUUUGGACCUGCUUGGAUUAACCUGUACGGCUCUGCCCGAAACUAUUCUAUAGGUGAUGACACAGUGGAGCUUAAUGAGGGCAUCGGAGAGGGCGUGUCCUACAGGGGUCGGGUCUACAUGGAGCUCACAGUGGAGAUCCUAUCAGGAGGGACUGGUUCGGAGUCCAAACUCAGCAAAAUGGUCAAGCCAUUGAAGGACACUAAAGCAGGGAAAGUAGGAGGGAAGGAUGGUAAGACUCCUGCAGGAGGAGGAGCGGUAGGAGCAGCAGGAGGAGCUGCUGAUGAUGACAAAGGAAAAGCUUUGGCUCCAGAGGUCCUACCUGUGGAAUCUCCUCCUGUUCUGAAUUCGGACAACAUUGAGAGCUUUCUGCUGUUCGGGGCGUUGUUUGAAGCCACCAUGAUUGACAGGAAGAUUGGAGACAAGCCCAUCAGCAUCGAGUUCUCCCUCGGUAACUACGGUAACGUGUUGGAUGACUUGUUUGGCUCCUCUCCUCUCGGAUCCCCCAUUUCCAACCCGUCCUCGCCCCUCCUACCCAAGGAACCUCAGGACUUCCCUGUGACCUCUAAGUCAACCACGCCUCCACAAAGGCCGCUCAUUGUCGACGGAAACAAGCACUACAUGUAUCUUCCCCUGGAGAAGCAGAAGCCGUGUAUUAAUGUGCUGAGUCACUGGGAGAACCGAACCUACCGACUCUACAACUCUAAUAUGCUGGAGAAUAUAGCUGUUCUGUUUGAGGAGGGAUUGGAAUUUGCAGCCGAGCUAAACAGGAAUUCAGAUCCAGGAGCGGAGCAUAUGCUCAAAACCAUCCUCAGAGAGUUCUGUAUGGACGCCAGGAGUUUCAUAGCAACAUCAGAGGCCAAGUUGAAGGCAGAGCUAAAGUCGAGCUACCUGACACAGCUGGAUAGGAAACGCCUCACCAUGUGUAAAGAGGAACUGGAGAGUAUGAUAGAAGAGGCCAAGUCCUUGGUUGACAGGAAGAGAAACACUGGUGGUGUGAAAGAAUUGCUGCUGGAUGCAACAAAACUCACACACAAACUACGCUUCCUUGUGGAGGAGCCCCAGCACACAGUGCCCGAUGUAUUUGUGUGGUUGCUAAGCAACAACAAGCGUGUUGCUUACUCUCGGGUGCGUGCCAGAGACCUGCUGUACUCCAGAAGCCGGGAGGCCCGAGGAAUCCACUGUGGCAAGAUAUUAACACUGUUUCUAAAGCCUCCAGGAAAGCGUGUUACAGGCUUGUCAGUCCAAGCAAAGCUGGAUGUGUAUCUGUGGUAUGGAACCUGUUCAGAGUCCAUCCACAUGCUGGACGAUCUGCCUGCACGGUUCAUUUCGGCCACCGGAGGCGCUGACGCCAGCUGCCCUCCAACAAGCCUGCUGUGCACAGAGCAGUAUCAAUUCCAGUUGAGGUGCCACAUGUAUCAGGCUCGAGGUCUCAUCGCUGCAGACACCUCCGGCCUGUCUGACCCUUUUGCUCGAGUCACCUUUCUGUCACACAGCCAGACCACCAAUAUAAUCAGUCAGACUCUCAGUCCGACAUGGAAUCAGUGUUUGCCGAUGAGCCCCCUGCUGCUUAGUGGAGAUCUGCAGCACAUCCAGCAGGAGCCGCCACGCAUUGUCAUCGAGGUGUACGACGACGACGCGCUGAGUAAGGCGGAUUAUCUGGGAGCCACGGUGACGGUGCCUGAGGUGAGAUUGUCCUCUGACCCCUACACACCUCCAACUCUGCAGUACAGCCCCCUGCACUGCGGCAGCCAGACAGGAGGAGACCUGCUGGCUGCUUUUGAACUGCUGCAGAUCCAAGAGUUUGGAGAGCCGAGUCUGCCGGCGUUAGAGGAACAGGAAGGAGGCAUCUUCACAGUUCCUGCCAACAUCAGACCUGUUCUCAGCACCUACAGGCUGGAGGUGUUUUUCUGGGGUCUGAGGGAGCUGAAGAAGGUUCAGUUGCUGUCUGUUGAUCGCCCACAGGUCUUCAUAGAGUGUGCAGGUAAAACAUUGCGUUCCUCCGUCAUUCAGAAGUACAAGUCCAACCCAAACUUCACCACGCUGGUUGAUUUUAUCGAGCUGGAGUUACCAGAGAACGAACACCUCCACCCUCCUCUCAGCAUCACUGUUGUCGAUUGGCGGGCGUUUGGUCGCAGCACGUUGGUAGGAAACCACAUUAUCAACAACCUCAAGGCCUUCAAAUACAUCCCACCCCCAGCCCCGCCUGCUCCUGUACAGAAACACAAACCACCCAAAGUCACAUACACCCUUGGACCUGCCCUGACACCAGAUCCAGAAAGCACUGAUGGAUCGUCCCAGCACGCUGGAGAGACCAGUUCAGCUGCAGCACUAACAAAUCAAGACUUCCUGAUCACUGUGGAGGAUGAAGCCCCACCUACACCUCCAGACCCACCCAAUAAGGAAGAAACCAGGAAGAAAAGGGACAGCACGAAAAUGAGCACUCGUGGUCGUUCCACCAAGCGGAGGAGGCGGACCAUCGCUGACGAAUCAGCAGAGAGUGUCAUCGACUGGUGGUCCAAAUACUACGCGUCUGUAGAGAAACAGGCCCAACAGGACAGCUCUCCUUUCCCCCAGAUCUUUGAGAGAGUCAGCAGCUUCUCCGAUGGGGACAAGAAGAAGAAACAGAAAGAAAAAGGAACCCUGGAGCCAAGCAUUGGUCUGCCUACUAAAUUAGCCACACUCAAGCUGUACAACAAGGAGCUGGAGGCAGAGUUUGGCCCUUUUGAUGACUGGGUGAACACAUAUGAGCUGUUCAGAGGGAAAGCCAACGAGGAAGAGGGCGCGACUGAGGAGAGAUUUGUUGGCAAAUUUAAGGGGCGAUUCUGCCUGUAUAAGCUGUCUGAGGAUGAGGAUUGGGACAAAGACGCAGACACCGGGAACUUCAGAGUCAACAGAGGAAUCCCUCCGAACGGACCGGUCCAAGUCCUCGUACGGGUUUACAUCGUCUCUGCGUCUAACCUGCACCCAGCUGAUCCGGAUGGGAAGUCAGACCCUUACAUUGUUAUUCGACUUGGCAAAAAUGAAAUCAAAGACAGAGACAACUACAUCCCUAAACAGCUGAAUCCUGUGUUUGGAAGAUCUUUUGAGAUGCAGGCAACAUUUCCUCACGAGUCUCUGCUGUCAGUGGUGAUCUAUGACUAUGACAUGGUGGGAGGGGACGACCUGAUAGGAGAGACUCGCAUCGACCUGGAGAACCGAUUCUACAGCCGACACAGAGCCACCUGUGGCCUCCCUACUGAGUACAGUCUCGAUGGUUAUAAUGCCUGGAGAGACUGUCUGAAGCCGACGGAGCUGCUGACUAAGCUGUGCAGAGACAACGCUCUGGACGACCCUCAAUUCAAACCCGGACGCAUCACUGUGGCUGGCAAAGUUUUCAUUGGCAAGACGCUCUUCAUGGAUGAAGACCAGCCACUGGAGUCCUAUGAGCACUUGUCUCUGAAGAUCCUGCACCGCUGGGCGGAGAUCCCAGCUGUGGGAUGCAAGCUGGUACCAGAACACAUCGAGACCAGAACUCUGUUCAACAAGGCUCGGCCCGGCAUGGACCAGGGUCAGGUCCAGAUGUGGGUAGACAUGUUUCCCAUGGACUUACCUCAUCCCGGGCGUUCAGUGGACAUUUCACCUCGAACACCAAAAGGGUACGAGCUGCGUGUCAUCAUCUGGAACACAGAGGAUGUGAUUCUGGAGGACAGCAACUUCCUGACCGGUCAACAGUCCAGUGAUAUCUACAUCAAGGGCUGGUUGAAAGGUUUGGAGGAUGACCGACAGGAGACAGACGUCCACUACAACUCUCUGACUGGGGAAGGAAACUUCAACUGGCGCUUUGUGUUCCCCUUCAGCUACCUGCCUGCUGAGAAGGUAGUAGUGGUGAGGAAGAGACAGCACAUUUUCUCCCUGGAUAAAAAAACAGCCAUCCUUAGUCUGCAGGCUGGGAAGCUUCCUGCCAUCCUUAGUCUGCAGGUCUGGGUGUGUGAGAGGCUCUCUGUGUGUGUCUUUGUAGGCACCGUGGAGUUAGACCUCCAUGGUUUGCCUCGAGGUGCAAAGACGGCAAAGUCAUGUAAGGUGGACAUGUUGACGGACGGGACAGAGAAAAUCUCCAUCUUUCAGCAGAAGAGAGCAAGAGGCUGGUGGCCCUUCUGCAAGUCUGGAGAGCUGACGGGGAAAGUGGAGGCGGAGUUCCAUCUUGUGACAGCUGAGGAGGGUGAGAAAAAUCCUGUUGGCAGAGCCCGCAAGGAGCCGGAGCCGCUGCCAAAACCAAAUCGUCCAGACACCUCCUUCUCGUGGUUUGUCAAUCCAUUCAAGUGUUUCUUCCACUUGGUGUGGCGAAGCUACAAGAAGUACAUCAUCAUCGCCCUGGUCCUGCUCAUCACAUUACUGUUCCUCGCUCUGCUGUUCUAUACACUGCCAGGAGCCAUUUCUCAGAAGAUAAUUAAUGGAUAACACACACACAAAAAAAACAGACUGACUGUGUUCACGCUGUAGUUCUAAACAUAUACUCAAAAUUAUGGAUGGCUUUUAGAUGAUGCAAUUCCCCUUCCGUGCCUGACAACAACACUCCCCAGCUUUUUACAUUACCUAUUUUUAAGAUUUAUGUAUUUACAUCAAUAGGAACAAAUGGGUUUGGGACUGAGAGCCAUAGACACAUUUUAGUGUAGUAUUGAAAGACAAAUGCAUUAGCACAACAGUCUUGGUCUUUUCUUAGUAAAUGUUAACAAUAACAAAAAUCUAGAAUAUCACAAGCCUUGAAGCGUAGGUUCAGUUUUUUUUUUUUUUUUUUUUUAAAGUCUAUCUAAAUACAAUACUCAAUGUAUUGUAAUGUAUUUUUACACCGAACGAGGACUGUGGAAUUCAUCCCCAUCUCUUACAGUUUAGUCAUGCUACGGGAGAAGGGCUUUACAGCCAGUAUGAAGAGGAACGAUAAUUACAAACAACCAAUAACGCUUACGACGUACUGCAGUGUUGUCUGAAGAUAGACUUUAAAAAACAUCUGAACCGUUACUUUUAGCUUAUCUACAUAUUAGUUGUUAAGGAAGAGUCCAGCUUAGUGAAAAUAAAAAAGUACGACACAGUGCUUAUUUUAGCUUCAUUUAUUAUAAUAAAUGAACAGGUAAUCAGGCUUCUCAUUUUUAUCUGGUGAUUGUCAAUCUUCAGUUUAUUCUGGCCAAACUAUAAAAAUUUAUUUUUUACAUGUUUCUGGCAAAUAACUCAUUUAAGUUAAAGUCAAAGUAAUCAUUCUCAGGUAAUUUCUUUGUGUCCUCCUCUCAUACACAUUUCAACUCCACAACAAAGUGCAAAAAUGAUACAUUAAAUAAUGAUAAAUGGAAAUAUCUUUCAAACAAACAUUUCACUUUAAAAUACAUGUACUGGAGAGAUAAAGAUAACUUACUUUUAAAAAAUGUAUCUACAUAUAUACACAUUAAAUAAUUAGGGCCCGAACGCCAACAGCGGCGAAGGCCCUAUUGAAACUUCUCUCUUUUUUUCCCGGCAAAUGAAUCGCCUUUUUGAGUUAUAGAAGACCAACUUUCUGUAGGGGGGGCAUCAAAACAGGAAGUGGGUGUAACUUGAGUGUACAUUGACCACGCCCCCCUAUACUUUAACCAUGCCCACUUACUCAGACCACACCCCCUUUUGCCCUGCCCGUAUGCUUAAGCCACGCCCCCCUUUAAUAACUAAUCUCAUUUGAUGUAGACUAUUGUGUGAGGUAUCAGUGAACUAAGCAGAGAGUUCCAUUUUCAUUGGUCAUGGUUUGGCCCGCCCCCUAUGCUUUAGCCAUGCCCCUUUCACAGCUAAUGAACUGUAUGACGUAGAGUCUGUGUGAGGUAUCAUUGAACUCCGCAUGGAGUUCCCUUUUCGUUGGUGACGAUUUGCAGUGUCUGAGUGCCGCGCAAAUGCACGAUCGCAAGGAGCGGCGUCCGCCAGUAACUCCGACGUGCAAGGGCCCGUCCAAAGCUGCUUUAAUUUAUAUUGUUCCUGUGUUAUAAGAUAAUUGGUUUGUAUAAGAUUCGGAAUGUUGUUGAAGUGUUUUGAUUUGAUUGAAUGAGUUUACAGUAGCUGUUUUGUUGAACUACUAUAUUGGAUGUUAAGUGUAACUGAUGUAAAAUGAGAGUAAAGACAAGGAGAUCAAUAUCAGGUGCUCCAAUUUUUGGGUUUGCACAUAUAUGAUGGGAUAAGGUGCUUGUAAGUUUAACCUGAUGAAGAUCCAUCAUGACUUUUAAACAUUCUCAUCCAUGCUCAAUAAAGAAAGCGUUUUAGCGCACAUGCUAUCCUGUUAUUGUGUUGUAAAUGAGAGUUCAAUGACUCUGUGUUUGAUUAAACUUUC